GACGUUUUAACAUCGCUUUGUAUUCGAAACGAAGAAAACUUAUCAUGGAAGAGCUUGUAGACGAAAAGCUAGCAGCAGAUGUCAAAGUGAAAAGCCUGCAGAAUAAAAUCAACUAUCGUAAGCGCAAGGCUGAUGAUCUAGAAACACUGGUGCCUGCACCGAAGCAACGACCAAGAAUGCCUAACACAGAGAGUAUGAUCUGCAAAGAAAAUAGUGAUCAUAUUAAUUUAUCUAAAGCUCAAAGUCAAAGAAGAAGAAAAGCAACACUUAGGGCUUUAAAGCCUAUACACUGCAAUCAAAGAUCAACUGACCAAACCCCAAUUAUGAAUGGGAUGUGGUCAACGCUGAUAAAUGAAAACCCAACACAGGUCAUAGAGUCCUUAAUGACAACUUCAAAGGUCUGCACUACCAAAGUCAUUCCUAGCAUUGUAAAGAAUAAUGUGACAAAGUAUGAAAAAAGUCAAGAGAACUUUGUACGAAGCACAGCCCUGCUUUACAAGGGGGGGUUUACUAACAAAAACCAAGAACAAGGAAUUAAGGAAAGACAAAGCAGACUUUAUGCAAGGAGUGUCAGUACCGCGACCUGUAGCUUAUGAUAGGUUGAUGUCAUACA